CCACCAUCACCUUCCAUCAGCAACCUCACCCGAUCAAACCCCAAACAGAAGAACCGAUACCGGAACUAUACAACUACCCCAUCAUCUGAACAAACGCCCGAUUCGAUUACAGCUAGCUACAAGGCAUUCCACCAUAAACGACGCGCCAGAUGGCCGAUGUUAAGCUGAACGUAGCCUUGUUCUACAAAAGGCUUAAUCUCUUGAUCAAAUCUUGGAAGGAUGGUAACGGCCCUGAUGUGGAAAGCUUGCAAUCCACCGGUGGGAUACUAUUGGUCGCGGGAAACACCGAUGAAUCUAAUCCUUACAAAAAAACUGGAGCACUGCAGACUUUUCUGCUGGGAUACGAAUUUCCAUCUACCCUGACCUUUAUCACACACGACUCAGUUACCUUUCUUUGUUCCGAGAGCAAAGCGAAAAUUCUCACCCCUCUUGCCAAGCCGCGCAGCAGUGACCUCGAUCCAGAUGAUAAUCUGAAGGUUGAUGUCAAAGUGAUCGUUAAACCAAAGGACCCGACAGCAGCAACUGAGGCAAUGGAAACUGUACUGGCCUCUAUGGAAGAAGUCAGCUCCAAGGAUCAAAAAUUGGGUCGCUUACUCAAGGACAAGUACACCGGGAAGUUUGUGGAUGAAUGGAAUUCGUUUUUGAAAACCAAAGGAAAGGAGGCCUUAGUUGAGCAAGCUGCAGAUAUUUCCCCCGGAGUCUCUGUCAUUUUGGCCACCAAAGACGCACAAGAAAUAGAAUACACGGAAGUUGCUUGUCAGAUGGCCCAUAAACUCAUGUCGGUUCUGUGCAAUCAAAUGACCAACCUGAUAGAGACCGAAAAGAAAAUAACGCACGAAAAACUCGGAGAUCUGAUUGAGGGCAAGCUCGAAGAUGCCAACGUAUGGAAAGGAGCCAAAUAUGCACCCGAUUUUGAUAACACAUACGCAGAUCUAUGUUACACUCCCAUAAUCCAGUCGGGUGGCGAGUAUGACUUGCGCACAUCGGCCCAAUCUACCACUGAGAGGCUCAAAGACACUGGGAUCAUACUCGCCAGCUUAGGGAUCCGAUAUAAAUCAUACUGCUCCAAUGUAUCUCGGACUAUCAUGAUUGAUCCACAUCCAACUCAAGAAGCCAACUACAAGUACUUGCUGGAACUGCAAAAAUUCGCCCUUGAAGCAAUGAAGGAAGAUGUAGCUGCCAAAGACUUUUUCAGCACUGUCAAGUCCAAGGUAGCCACUGACCGAGCUGAGCUUGAGUCUCGCCUUCCUAAGAGUUUUGGGUUCAGUUUGGGAAUAGAGUUCAGGGAUUCAUUCUUAACCUUGAGUCCGAAGUGCUCUAGAGUCUUGAAAGAGAAUAUGAUUUUCUCCCUGAUUCUCUCCUUUGCCGACAUUGAAGAUCCGUUCGAUAGUAGCAAAACCUACUCACUACAGCUGAUUGAUACCGUGCGAGUCGGAAAGGAAGGAUCGACUAUUGUAUGCGAUGGAUUAAAAGAGCUUUCCCAUAUCGCUUUCUUCUUCAAUGAUAAGCCAUCCAAGUCUAAGAAUGGCAAAUCCCAGAAUGCUGGUAAAUCCACCGCAGCCUCGCCAACCAAAAAAAGCAGUUCCCCCAGAAAGGGCGCUGCCGCUGUUGUCACGACAUCCCGCAAAGGCCGACUUCGAAACGAUGGCAAAGAAAUCGAUAACGAGGCGACUGCAAAGCGCAAAAUCCAUCAGAAGGAAUUGGCCGAACGCAGGCAAGAAGAAGGGCUGAGCAAGUAUGCUGAAGAUGAUGGCACUGGGAAGGGUUCUGAGGUCAAACAGUGGAAACGGUUUGAAAGUUUUCCGAGAGAGCGGGAUCUUCCUAGCGCGGUCGCUAGCCUUCGAAUCAUCGUGGAUACCAACAAACGGAGUUUCAUCUUGCCCAUCAAUGGUUUCGCAGUACCUUUCCAUAUUAACACCUUAAAAAAUGUUGUCAAGCAAGAGGAAGGUGAUUACACUGUCCUUAGAUUCAUGCUAGUCGCACCUGGUCAAAUUACCGGCAAGAAAGAAGAUACACCAUUUGAGGACCCCAAUGCAACUUUUAUCCGAGGAUUGACUUAUCGAAGUACCGACAACGAGCAUAUGAAUGAGGUCUACAAAAAGGUUACUGACUUGAAGAAAGCCGUCUUGAAGCGAGAGAAAGAUCAAGCCGAAAAGGCCGACGUGGUCGAUCAAGAUCAGUUGAUCCCAAUCACACAUCGACGACCAAUAAAGAUGUUGGAUAUCAAUGUCCGUCCUGCGUUUGAUGUUAAAAGGCAAGCUGGUGAUGUCGAGAUUCACACAAAUGGUAUCCGCUAUCAAUCUACUAUUCGCUCGGAUCAUCGCAUCGACAUCUUGUUCAACAACAUCAAGCACAUUUUCUUUCAACCUUGCGAUCAAGAGCUGAUCGUGAUAUUACAUAUUCACUUCAAAUCGCCUAUCUUCAUUGGCAAGAAGAAAACGAAAGAUAUUCAGUUCUAUCGUGAAGCUUCAGAGGCCACGUUUGAUGAAACCGGUAACCGAAAACGGCGAAGGCAGAACAAUGGUGGCGAUGAGGACGAAAUCGAAGCCGAGCAGGAAGAACGAAAGAAGCGAGCAGAACUCAACAAGCAUUUCAAAUCAUUUGCCGAUAAGAUUGCAGAUGCUUCAGACGGUCGAUUGGAAGUCGACAUGCCAUUCCGAGAAUUGGGUUUCCAAGGUGUACCGUUCCGAUCGAGUGUCUUGCUUCAACCUACCACCGAAUGUCUUGUUCACUUGAUCGAGCCACCUUUCUUGGUAGUAACAUUGACUGAAGUAGAGGUUGCUCAUUUGGAGCGAAUUCAGUAUGGGCUCAAAAACUUUGAUUUGGUGUUUGUAUUCAAAGACUUCACCAAAACCCCGAUCCACAUUAAUACCAUCCCGAGUGGACAAAUUGAAAAUGUGAAGGAGUGGAUCGACUCGUGUGAUAUCCCGUUUUCGGAAGGGCCUGUGAAUCUAAAUUGGACAGCGAUCAUGAAAACCGUUACAGAUGAUCCUUAUGAAUUCUUCAAAGAGGGCGGAUGGAGUUUCUUGAACUCUCAAUCCGACGAGGAGGACGAAGACGGGAACUCGGAUGACGAAGACUCCGCAUUUGAAGUAUCGGACGACAUUUACGAGUCAUCCAGUGACGACUCGGACUCAGCCUCCGAUUUUGACGAGAGUGCAUCUGAUUCCUCUGGCUCCUCAGCCUCGGGGGCCGCUUCCGGCUCGGGCUCAGAAGCAUUGGAUUGGUCUGAUCAAGAGAAACAAGCGGCGCGGGCCGACCAAAACAAGAAGAAAGGCGCGGCUGAGUCCUCGUCAAAGAACAAGAAGGGCAAGAAAGGCAGGGAUCCGUCGGAUGAUGAUGAUUCUGAUGUCUCUAUCGAUAGUGAGGAGGAAGCUAAAAAACAGAAGAAGAAAAAAGCUCCAGCCCGGAAACGUUGAACUAAUGUUUCCACUCCGGUUCCUUCCUAUACUUCUGUUUCUUGUGGAUACAUAGUCAUGUCUACUUGGAGGAGCCGCAUCCGGCAAGUGUAUCUUUCGGUUAAUGUACUUUCACUUAUCUCUUAUGGUUUUUUUUUGUCGAUACGUCGUAGCUGCUUGUUAGUCUUGUGUUUUAGAAGCAAAUGCUGGAGUGUUAUUUAACUUAUCAAGCGUUAGCUGCAUUUGUUCUAGUCAGAGCAGAUCCAACAACUUGACAUGCACCAGACCAUGUGGCAACAUAAAAGUGGUAUAACAUAAAUUACUCCGGUUAUUUGAGCAGUCACCAACUACAAUGGAAGAAGUUAUACCAUUGAUGUUACAUGGGAGUAUUAUAUUAGCAGUGGAUUGCAUGUCUUUUUCAUGUGUGAAUGGGUCUAAGCCGUCAAAUGUGUU